AUGCGUCUCCAUAAAAUUCAUAGGCUCGCGUUCUUUUUAUCAUCAGCGCUCGUCUUGUUGCUGAUUGGAUUACCUUCACUCGGGGUUGCGAUUUUGUUUUCUGUUCAAUCGGAUUUAGAAGGAUUUUAUACAAUUACAAACUCCUACUCGUCUGUUUGGAUUUUAGUCGUUUGCUUUAUUUAUUGUGUAUUGGUGUUAUUAGAUGCAUUUUCUGAUGUUUUGCUAAAGCUAUGUUUGGAUCGUAGAAACAAGCAAAAGCAAUUUCCAUCACUCACAUGUUUUUUAAUUUUGAGAUGUCUUUUAUCCUCAUUGAUGAUUGUGAUUGGAUUUAUAGCAUUUAUAACAUAUGCAUGCGUUGCAGAGGUUGAAUAUGUGGCAGGUAUUUGCUCUUUAGGAUUAAUUGCACUUGGAUUUUUGAGUCUUGUAAUGAAUAUUUUCAAAUACAAAUGGGUCAAGUUGAGAGGUACCUCCGAAACAUUUCAUUAUGAUAAAUUAUUAAGACCUCGAUCUUCACGAGAAGAAGAUGAAGAUGACGGAUUUUUAAAGUAUAGAGCAGAUUCUGGGUAUUACGAUGAGGAGUUGAAAGAUCAUACAAACCUGGGACUCAUGAGACGACGCUCACAAUCAUCUGUCUACAAAUAUAAGGAACACUUGAAAGUAACAAAAUAUUGUGUAGGAAACAUGAUAUGCAAAAUAAUUUUUUAUGCUUUGCUGUUACUUCCAUUUGGACUUUCUUUAGCAUUCCUUUAUCAAUCUGUUGGAUAUGCUAUAGAUGAGGUGAUGCCAGUGGGAAAGCUUGUCACAAUUACCAAUUCUAAAGAUGGAAGUUCUUAUAGAAUUCACAUUGAUUGCAAAGGCACUCCUAUCAACAAUUAUCCAACCAUAGUAGUGGAUUCUGGUCUUGGAAUUUCUUCAUCUUCAGUUUACUGGUCUGAUAUUCAAAACGCCAUUUCACAGUACACUAAAAUUUGCGUGUAUGAUAGAGCAGGUUAUUCAUUUAGUGAUUCUGGAUACUCUCCUAGAACAUCACAACAAAUAGUGAACGAAUUGGAUAGUCUCUUAACAGCACACAACAUUAGCGAGAAACUUCUUUUAAUUGGUCACUCUUUUGGAGGAAUGAAUGUUCGUCUCUAUGCCUCAAUUUUCCCUGAAAAAGUUGCUGGACUGUUACUAAUUGAUCCAUCCCAUGAGAAUCAAACCAUUGCGUUUCGAUUGGCACAAGACAAGAGUAUUGAUCCUCAGGCCAUCGCCAAUGAUUUAGCAAAAGAAAAUUUGUAUUUAAACACCGGUAGGAUAAUGGCACCAUUGGGAUCGCUCCGAUUGACAGCUGCCAUUAUACCUGAUCAAGUACUGAAUCCUUUCAGUAAGGGAAAUCUGAGUUCUAAUGACUGGAAAAUUCUUCGUUUUUCAGCGCUUUCUAACAAGUACUCGAAUGUGAUUUAUUCGGAAAGUGCUCACUUUUCGACAACUUCAGCACAGCAAGUUCUUGCACAUAAGAAAAGCUUUGGAAAUUUGCCACUCAUGAUUUUAACUGCUGGUGCAAGUAUUAAUGGCACAUGUGCUCAGAACCACUUUCCAGAUGAUUCGCAAGAAUGUAAGGAUCAUUUGAAAUACAUGAAAAGUACUGCACAUGUGAUCGAAGAGUUGGAGCAAGACGUUUUGAAGUUGUCAACUCAAUCAGAGUGGAAAAUUAUUUGGAAUGCAUCACAUAAUAUUGCUAUAGACAAUCCUGAAGCAGUGAUUGAAAAUAUUAAGGAAAUGCUUGACAAAUCAAAAGCACAAUAA